UCCCAUUCCUCAUCCCUACUUGGUGCCCAGCAGCCCCCCCGCAAGGGGGCUUCUUGCACUUCCUGCUGCUGGUAGCUCCAAGCAGGGCCAUGCCGUGGCUUCUCAGCAAGAAGCGACGGCAGUCGUCAUCCAACACCACCAGUGGGCAGCCCUGGGCUGCCACCAGCUCCACCAGUGCCUCCGAGCCCACGGAGAAGGGGCUGGGCAGGCUGCACCGCGCAGCCGCCCGCGGCGACCUGGCCUGGCUGAGACACUGGCGCUGGUAUGUCAAGGUAGUCGGCAUCGACAGGAGAGACCAGGAGAUGCGGACACCUCUGCAUCUCGCUUCGGCAAAUGGCCAUGCAGAUGUCGUUAGAUAUCUGCUAAGAAAGAACAGCCAGCCGAAUCUCGCUGACAACUUCAAGAGAACAGCACUGAUGAAGGCAGUACAGCAGGAGCAGGAAGAAUGUGUUGCUAUUCUGCUGGAACACGGUGCCGACCCGAAUCUGGCAGACGCUGACGGCAACACUGCCCUUCACCUGGCUGUCCUAUCUAAAAAUACAGCUGCAGCAGGGCUGUUACUCGAGCAUAAUGCCGACAGUGAUGCUCAGAACCAGUGGGGAUUUACUCCCUUAAAACUUGCAGCCCUCCAACAGCAUGAGGAGAUUCUGGAGUGCCUUCUGAAAAAAGCAGCUGACAGGCCUGCUCAAGCCCAAUGUGAAAGGACUGCUUUUGUGGUUACUGGAACCCAUGAGGCUCACCUGGAGGAAGAUAAUCUGCGCUUGCAGGAGGACUUGGACAGGGCUGACACGGAGCUGCGGGAGGAGGAAGAAAAGCGUCUUCAAUCUGAGCAUUGCGUUCGUGACUUGAAGACUGCCUUGGAUGAUAAAGAAAGAGAAGCAAUAACUUCUUCCCAGAAACUGCAGGACCUCCUGUUGGCAUCUUCCGAGACUAAUAGCACUCUAAAACAACUGGAAGAACACGUGCAACAGUAAGAGAGUAACCCAGUGAAGCGAGGUGUCUGUCGCUUUGGGGGAUUGGGUGGAAACAACGGGACAGUCAGUUGGAUUUUGAAGGACACUUCUGCUGUGGAUUCUGUUACUUAGCACAGUUUGUCUGGAACUGGAUUUUCUGGUAAUAAGACCUGUAUUUCUUCUUAAGCUUUGAAAGCGAAAACACCGGAUUGGAAGCCACUGUCCAGCA